UUCGGUAAAAAUCAGGGAGUUGGCUAAAACAAUGCUAAGAAUUGCCAACAAAUUGGAGGACAUAACUGAAGCUCCAAAAAUUUCCACUCCCAAGGAAGAUAACUUUUUGAACAACAAUAAUACCUUUGAGUUUACAAUGAAGACUGAUUGCAAAGAUUAUUUGAUCGUCAAAAAGAAGCGUUCCUGGAGCAACGCUAAGGAAAACUGCGAAUCAAGAAAAAUGCAGCUUCUGUCAAUUGAGACUGAGGAGGAGCAAAAUUGCAUUUACAAUCUGAAGAAAAAAUACACUGCUGCUGUGAAUGAUUCCGAGGCGAUAUUUUGGAUUUCCGGCAGACUGGUGCCAAAAAACAGGUGGAUCUGGUCCAGCACGGGCGCGAAUUUGAGCUACACAAAUUGGUCCAAAGGGAUGCCGGACAGGUGGCUCAAUCUGAAUGAGGAGUGCAUUUACUUUCCGCUCAACAACCGCACCACAAAAAUGUACUCGAUCACCGAAAUGCAGUGGAAUGACGCGGUCUGCGCCCAAAUCUUUUACUACCUUUGCGAAUCGCCAGAUUAA